GGGACAUCGUGCCCAACAAGCAACGGUUAGAAUAUCCUCAAGCUGUUUCACUCUGCACACAUCCUACAACAACACAGCUAAUGCUUUACGGAGGAUUUCAGUGUCAAGUCACUGAGAGACACAGCAACAAGCCAGAAAACAGAAGAAAAUAAUGACCAUCAGUUUCAUAAGCCUCGUUUUCAUAUGGCUGCUGCCACUGGCAGAGAGCAGCGCAGUGACAUCUGGCCAGAGUCACAACUUCACCGAUGUGACGACAGGGGAGGCAACAGGAAAUGAGUUCACUCAGGGCCACCUGACAACACAGGAGGCAUCCAGCUUAAAUCCACUCUCACAGGUCUCUGGUCAUAACACUGCACCAUCCAUUACAGCUGGUGUAAUUCCAACUACAAAACCCAGCACUAAACCGCUCCUGCACACAAUUCAAAUGACGCCUCCUAAGACAUUGUCACCGCUGAAUGAAAGCACAGCAACCAACUCCAUAAUGUCUCAGUUAAACAGGUCAACAGCAGAAGAGACCCCCACAACAUCAGCAACAAAGGCGGAAAACAGUUCAGCCAGCAACCUAACCACAACUGCAAGGGUUCCUCCAAUACUAAGCAGCUCCACCCAAAGCCAAGCCAAGCCAUCCACCUUCCAAUUGACGAGUGAUGAAAUGACCCAUCCAUCUACACAUCCAGCACAGUCCACACCGCUGCCCUCUACAGCAACCACCUCUACCAAGCCUGCUGCCAAGUCUACAAGUCCAGGCCCAGUCACAGGUGGUGAUGCUACACUGGCCACGACAAAGACACCGUUAGUCCACAUCACCAGCGCAAAGAAAACACUAAAUUCAUCAAAAGAAGAAGCAAAGUCCAAUAAGGGAGAAAAGCAGGGUAAAGUAGUGGCAGGGAUAAUAGGUACAGCCCUGGUACUGAUGAUGGUAGGAUUCCUGGUCAUCUUCAUAAAGAAACGAAAGCUUCAGAAGCAGCAGAUAACGACUGCAGACUGGGCCGGGCCUUCACCAUUUCUACAGAGUGGAGCUGACAAUGGCAACGUAGCACUGAGGUCAUCUAACCAGAUUUCUCUCUCCAGCUUCCUGCCUCAGAGACUGUCCAAAAGGUUGUCCCUGCUACAAGAGACAGAUGAGGAGUUAGAAGACAUGACACCAAGUACCACAUUUGGAGAUAAAGGUCAAGGGAAUACAUCUGGAGGACAGGUGAAUGGAAAGGAUGCACCGGAAAUGAACGGGACUGCUGCAGUUGUUACAGAAAUGAAAAGCGAAGGAGACGUUCCAGAGACUGUUGAAAACUCUGUCUUGCUUUCCACAAAUAACAACUCAGAGGCUGCAAACCUCAGUCAAGAAUCUGAAAAUCCCCCUUCCCCGCCUGCAGCUGUGGAAAAUGAUCCGGCACAAUUGAAUGAUGGCCUGGGCCAACCAUAAGUGAGCUUAAUGCCCAAACCCACCCACCCCAACACAUCCAUGAGCAGUCACAUUCCCUAAAGCGCCACUGUCACUGGUUUCUAGGCAGUAGCUGUGACUGAAAACAUAGGAAACUGGUCAAAUUUUCUUCUAAAUUAUAGCUGUCAGCAAGGCAACUGUGUCUCUCCCCAUCAACACUUCCUCACACCUCAACCCUGCAGGAUUUCCUUUAUAAGUAUGUAAAAAUGUCACCCAGGCCUGAAGUCAAUCUAAAAUGCUUUCUGCCCUCCCUGACCUGUGGAGAGUACUACUGUUGAAAAUAGAACCAUUGGGGAAAAAGGGCCACCUUUGUACUUAUCUCGCAGCUGAUAGAGAAAAGCAGAAGGAAACGUGGUGGUGAGGGACAUGCUAAUGCUUUCAGUACAUGACAGGAGCUGGCAUACUGUUUAACAUAUGAGUAAUGUAAAACGCUGAUGAGGAAGUGUGAAUAGGGAAAGGGGUGACUCACUUUUCAUCUAACAGAGAACUUAGAGAGAGUCCACAUGACAUGAAAAUAGGGGGAGGGGGGGGUAAAUCUGGUCUCACUGAUUCACUGUCUGCAGGGUAAUGUGGCAUAAACAUUGGGCAAGAGAGAAGAUUCAGUACCCUCUGCAGUGGAGGUACAUUGCCUUUUUAUUUUAUAGGUCAUGUUUCAGAAUUUUCAGAAUCAUUUAACAACAGCACAUUUUUCAAGGAUUUGUCAAGUUUGUGUCAUAAGUCUAAAGAUAGCCUUACAGACUGAUCUGCUUACAAGGGAGUUUUGAUCCUCCAGUGGAAGUGUGGACACCACCAUCAUAAAACAGAGGCCACUCACAACGCGGCUGUCAGCACAGCCCAUCCUCCCCAGGCUCAGCUCUUUACAGCUCCCAGCUGCACAUAUUGCUGACUGUCAGCGUCUUUCUAUGGGACACAGAAAUGGGACUAUACUCAUAUAAAGCUUUGGAAAGCAACAAAACCACUGAAAUGAAACUAUGCAGAAUGAAAACAUGUAGAACAGCAAAGCUAUUGGAUGGAUUCACUGUGGACUGUUGCACUGGCCUUUGGAAAUAUUAUUAUAAAUGAUCCAUCAGCAUGAGCAAAUAAACGUGAUGAUUUGUUGUUGUGAAUCUGGAUCUAGAAGCAUUUCAACUCAUUUCCAUUAUAACUGCCUGUGCAGCCUUAACCAUGUUGUAGUUCCUCAGCUCAGUGUGUGGUUAUGGGGUUUUCAUGAUGUACCAUUUUCAGGUUAUGAGUCAUGAGAGGUUUGUACUUAAUGUCGUUGUCAGGUCAUCUUCUUCCUUUGCAAGUUGGUAAUGAUCCUGAUGCUUUUUUAAAAAAAAAUAAAUGUCUCUAACUUUAUAUGUUGUAUAUUUUGACUUCUGUUGUGUUUCUUACAUUGUAUCUGAAUGUGAAGUAAAGCUAAAGCCUAGUGAAACUGGUUUCUGAAACAUCUGUGAGUGGUUGCACUUGUGGUUUUUAUUGUCACAUCAAAAACAAACCCACUUCCACAUUUCAAAUUGUUCUACAAUAUUCACUGGUUGCCUCCAAAAAGCUGAACUAUGAAAAACAGUAAAAAAAAAACAAAAAAAAAAACAUUAAAAACCAAGAAAAACCAUGGUUUAAGUUAAUUUAAGUUGCAUGCAGCACUGAAUAGGUCUUCACACUUGUGGGGAGCCUGUGGGGGGAAAUGGCAGCCAUGGUGUUAAUGUAGGCUGCAUGGUUUGGCUGUGAAUUUGCAUGAUCAUCUGAUAUAGAACCAAUUAAUUAGACGUCAGUCGCUUAUCUGUAUCGUGCAUGACGGCAGACACAUGCAAAGACAGACCCUGAGCACAGACUGCAGGAUGCUGGCUGAGUGCUUUUGCGACCAUUGGACACUACAUGAACGAGCAAGACGUUAUUCCCUGCAUGGAGUGCGUGGGAGCGAACGUGUCGCACAUUUUGUAUCACUUCCUGUGUCCAGUAUGUGAAGUUGGCACCAAACACGCAUGAUGUUGUUUUAUAUCAAGUGUAGAAAAAGUUGACAUGGCAACAAUUGCCUAUUUACAUAUCCAUAUUUGUUAAAUACCAAAGAUGAAAACACACAAUAUCUAAUCUAACAAGUGGGACUGUAUACAGGUGUGUGUGUCAGUGUGUAUAUAUGUGUCUCUCUAUGGUUGUGAGGACAUUUAAAGUUCAUGUCGAAUAAAGGUUUCAGGUUAAAAGAGAUCUUUGUUAGCUACAUACAAGACAUACUAGCUACUGGAUGUAACUCCAGUCCAAAGUGUGUGAAACACACUAACAUCAGCGUCGUGGUGUGGCUGUCCAGUAACCUAACAACAUUACAGUUAGCCACUCAACGCUAACUCUACUUUGUGUCUUCUGUCACAAAAUCAGCUCUAGACUUUGUGUCAUAGCUGCUGGCGCUAAAUUAAACUUGUUCACUGCUGAUUCAUCCGAGGCAGGUUCCCAUGUCACUGUCACUGAGAAACUGAGCCGGCCUGCAGAGAAGAGAGCUGUGAAGUGAAGAGCUGCUGCUGCUGAAGAACGAGAGGAAGACACCGAGGGUGGUUUGUUGACCUGGUGACAUCAUGAGUCCUGGACCACACAGUGGCCCCGCCCACCAUUUUUGCGUGGGCGGAGGCGGUGCAAAUUUGUUCCAUUGUUACUUAAAA